UUAAAAAAUGUCUUAGAUGAAAAAAUCAACACAAAAAAGGGAUUGUGCCUUGAUGUGCCUACUAGGUGGAACUCCACCUAUUUGAUGUUGAAUGCUGCUAUUGAGCUUCAAGAUGCUUUUGAGAGGUAUUCUGGGGAAGACCCUCACUAUGUAGUUGAUUUGAAUGAGAGGGAUGGUAAGGGUAGCCCAAAUUCUGAUGAUUGGAAUAAUGUAAGAAGACUUUCUGAAUUUCUACAAGCCUUUUAUGAUCUGACCUUGCAUGUCUCUGGCUCUUUAUAUGUCAGUUUGAAUUUGUUUUUUCAUGAAUUGGUGAGUGUUGCUGUACUUAUGAAAGAUUUGGUUUCAAGUGAUGAUGUGGAUAUGUGUCUUAUGGCUUGUAGAAUGAAAGAAAAAUAUGAAAAGUAUUGGGGUGAUCUAGAAAAAAUAAACCUCCUGAUUUUUAUUGCCGUUGUCCUUGAUCCUCGUUAUAAGCUUGAUUAUGUUGAGUGGAUGAUAACUGAAAUUUAUGACCCGAUUGUUGCAUCAAAGUUAGUUGAUAAUGUGAAGGUAGCUUUGAAUGCUUUGUAUGAGGAGUAUCGUGUUUCUUCUGGUAAUGAUGUGAAUAGGGAGGAAGUGUCUUCAAGUAAGGAUGGCAAAACUCCAUUGAGUCCCAAACAUAAAAAGAUUGAAGUCUUAAAGAGUAAGUAUAAGAAACACAAGUGUGAGAGAGAUGGAGAUGCAAAAAUAGAGUUAGACAAAUAUUUGGAGGAGGAUACAGCGGAGGAUAUUGAUGAAUUUGACAUUUUGAGCUGGUGGAAGUUCAAUUGUUCAAGGUUUCCUACUGUGGGGAGAAUUGCCCGUGAUGUUCUUGUUGUCCCUGUUUCGACAGUAGCUUCUGAGAGUGCAUUCAGCACUGGGGGCAGGGUUCUAGUCAGUUUAGGAGCUCAUUAACUCCUCGAGUUGUAGAAGGUCUUGUUUGUGCUCAAAAUUGGUUACGUGCUUCACCAUUUCCAAGUAUUGAAGAAUGUUUAGAGGAAGUUGAGCUUCUUGAAGAGGACUUGAAGAAUAUGGCAGUUGGUGAUGCUGAUAUUGAUGAAGUGCUUGAAAUAAUAGACUGAUGUGGCUCUUUGCUCAUUGCUGACUUGCUGUUGCCACUUGCCAGACUUGCUACUG